AUGGCUGAAUUGAAAUUCGUUGGACGGACUCCUUUUCGGUGGCAGUGUCUCUUGGCCGACGUGAUUUGUCGACACAGGUGCAAAUUAUCCGUAUACCGCGACGAGCACGGCGAGGAAAACACAACAGAUUCACUCCCGACCAGAACUUUAACAAUAAAUUCUUUCAGUCCCACUGGGAAAUACCCUCGGAGUCGAUAAAACCUUUAUAAACCCCGAUAUCGUCUAUUAAGAUAAACGUCAAACAGAACAACCGAGAAAUCCCGUUGGGAAAUUAUUACAGUGGAAUUUUCCUUCCGACCUUGCGUCUGGGAGUGAAAAGUGUUUCAUCUAAAAACAUUCAGGUGAAAGACUGGAAUUAUUCGAUCGGAUUCCAGGCCGUCACGGAGAAAGGUUGCCUACUGUCUCCUGGCCAAUCAGAUAUAACGGCGGGAAAACCUCACUCAUCGCUGUCUUUCAAAAACCGACAAAAGUAGUAAAACUUGAACUAUUUAAAAUGAACACUUCUCCGUUCCCUCUGCGUUUUAAACAAAAGUUGGGAAUAAUUCUUAUGUUAUUAACGCUUCACGUGAACGACUUGUCAGAAAAGAGAAAAGAGUCGACUUUUAAUGUUUUCUUUACGAUUAAAGAGAUGGCGGGUUACGCCGGGCGCUGGAAAAAUGCCAAAAGAUUCAUUUGUUUCAUCAGAAAUAAUAAAGCGCGUGGAUAAUUUUUUUUCUCAUCUCGUUUUCCGAUGUGGGCUGAGUUGCAGCCAACCGCAGAUGUGUCUCACGGAUAAAACUUAAAAUGCCAAUUUAGACAAAAAAAAUGAUAUUUUAAAAUUCGGAAUCGGGAAAGUCGCAUGAAAAAACCAGUUCGAAGUUCGUCGAACCGGAAAAGAAAAAAUAAUUUGGUCGUUCUCACUUUGCUAAACCUAGACUGCUGAUACGCAACCCGCCCCGUGAGGUAUUUGGACCUAUAGCAGAUAAUAGCGUAACCUCCCUAGAAAGGUGGCCGAUUUUCGCGGAAAAAUUGCUUUUCAGUUUUCAGUAGAGAAAAGUCUGGACAGACGAUGAGCAUUUUCCAAGCCGGUGAGCUGAACAUCAGCAGGUCGGGCCAGAGACAGGAGGAGGAGGAGUUUCUCGAAGAAGAACACAAAAGAAACGUCGAGCUGCAAAAUUUAUUUGAAAAUGCUUUCAAGGAUCUUGGCGAUGAGGGCUCAUCGUUUAACAGCACUGACUGCAGUUAUUCAAACGAAAGCGAGAUUGAACAUGGCAAUAUUCCAACACCAGGACAGGUUAACUUCCUCAGUGAAAAUCUUUACCAGAAUCCAAAUUUGCCUCUUGACAAUGGAGAUGAAUAUAUGAAGCCGGGAAGGGACCGUCCUCAGGCUAUUAAAAAUGACAAAGACGUUGAAGAAUAUAUCGAUUCAGAUUAUCGAAGUUUGAAUGAGUUAAAUGUACUUUAUGAAAUUAGAAUGAGAGAAAUCGAAAGGCUCAAUAAAGAACUUAUUGCAGAGAAAGCGGGAAAGGAACAAAUUCUGAAUAAAUUAAUAAUAACUGAAAGAGAGAAAUCUGCUAUUUUAGUUACUCUUAAUCAAAACAAAACAAAACUAGCUGAGAAGGAAAAAGAAGUCAUGAACCUGCAAGCUGAGUUGACAUUACUUCAGAGUGAAAUCUUAAAAGUUGAGAAAUCACGAGAGGAGACAAAAAGUGAACUGGAAAUAGCAAAAUUACGGAUAAUGCAGUUAGAACAAAAUUUAGCUAUGUCUGAAAGGUGUGAUGCUAGAGGGAAUCGUGAUAAACAAAUUGAUGAAAUUAUUGACUCGUUGAACACAAAACACAAAAUGGAAGUGAAUUCACUUCAGUCUGAGCUGGAAAACGUUUAUGCAAAAAUUAAAGAAAAGGAAGAUAGUUAUAAAUUACUUGAAGAAAAACUUGAUGUGCUUCAACAAAAGCAUUUAAAUAAUUUGUUGAAAAAUUGUGAUGUGACUGUAAGACAGGAAGCCACUGUAAAAACUCUUCUUGAUGAAGCUAAUGCUGAAAAGAUUGAACUUAUACGGAAGUACAAUAAUUUACAGAAUGAUUACAAGCAACUGCAAGAAGAUCUUGCUCAAUACGAAUCAGUCAGGUCGUUUAAUCUUUUGGACACUUCUUCUGAUGACAAGGACACUGAUUCUGUGAUAAUGAUGGGAAUAAGCAGAAAGAGCGAAGGGAAGAAUAAAUCUGUUAACAUAUCACAGAAAGAUACCAUUUCCAAAUUGAAAGAUGAACUACGCCGGGCUCUUUUGGGUCAGAAAUCAAAGAGACAGUUAAUUAAAAAAUUACAACAACAGGUUCAGACCAUGGAGAUUCAGUUAAGUUCAAAGAGGGACCUAGAAAAUGCACACCUGUUGCAGACAGAAUUAAAGAGGGACAUGGGAAUUGAUACGGAUAAAUUGAUAAACUCAGGAUCAAUUGUAUCUGACAAGGAGCACUUAGAAGAAAUCUGUGCAUUGAAAGAAGAAUUAUCAAUAAAAGAAAAAGAAAGACUUACCUUUGAAAACAAGGCCAAAAAUCUUGAUGAACAGGUAUCUUUGCUUCACAAAAAGCUGUUAGAAACCGAUUCUUUCAAGGAACAACAAGAAAAUGAGUAUCUCAGAUUUCAUGACCAAGAGGUUGCUAAGAUUAAAGCAGAAAUGGAGAAAACUCUUUUUGACAAACAAAAGGCUUGGAAUGAUAGAAUGGAAGAAUUACUUACAGAAUGCAAUGGAGUUAAACAGUUAUAUCUUGACAUUAGGAGACAAAAAGAAAAACUUGCAGAACUUUUACACGAGGAAAAAAUAUUAUCAGCUCGACUCUUAAAUGAAAAGCAAGAGGUUGAGAAACAGGUAGACAAACUGAAAAUAGAUAUAAAAAAUUUGGAAGACUACAUUUUGAAGCUGAACGAACAUGGGAUGCAACUGGAAGAACAGUUUAAAAAGGGCAACUCCACUGUUGAUUCAUCAUUGUUUAAUUUUUUCAAACAAGAAAUUGAAAAGUUGAAACAUCAUAAUGACAAAACGGACUCUCUCGCACAAUUUAUUUCAGCAGAUCUUAAUGAAGAUGAUGUAGAAUUGUUCAAGAAAAAGUAUAAAGAAAUGGAAAGCAGACUUCAGUCCUCUUUUGAAGCUACUGUGAUGGAAAUAAAAGCAAACAACCUUAGACUCAGCCAGGCUUUAAAUGAGAAGGAGGAGAUUAUCAUAAAACUUCAAAAUAGUAAGGCAACACCUUCAAUGAAAAGCAUUUCCACAGAGAUGGACCAAGAGUUGUCAGAGUUGAUCAAUACAAAAUCACUUGAGGAAAUAGAUAGACUAGAGAAGGAAGUGGACAGAUUGAAAUUGCUUGAAUCAGAAAAAAACAAUGAGAUACUCAACUUAAAAGCCAGUUUUCAAAAAAAACUUGAAGAAGAGCUGUUCGAACUCGAGGCUACCCUUUCUUCACGACAUGCCAAAGAUCUGGUUGAAAUGGAAGAAAGAGUUAAAAAGCUCUCCCUCAGCUAUUUUACUGAUGAGAUGAAUAAGAUGAGAAAUGCACACAAAGACGAACUUUCAGCUAUCAGAAAAGAAGAAUUAGACAGAUUUGAAGAACUGAAAAAGACACUUAGUAACAAAGAUGAUGAGGUUAAACAAACCCUUGAAUUAAAGAAGCAAAUCAUUUACCUUCAGAAUUUAAUACAAGAAAGUAGAAUACAUGCAAGUUUAAUGAUGACUCGUUGGGCCAAGGAGGUAAAUGAAAUCAAAGAAAAGAGUGAAGCGAAUGCCAAAGAAGCAGAAGAUCUAAAGAUGAAGUUGAAGUCAGCCCGGAAGGCGGCACUUGCUUAUAAGAAGAAGUGGGAGGAUUGCAAGGUAAAGUUUCCUGGAAAGUAUGAGAAUCUUGUUUGCCAGUUAAAGGAGAAGUUUCAAGCUGCAAUUACGUCGAAAGAGGAGGAGAUAAUGCAGAAAUUAUACGAGAUAGAAGAAGAAUAUAAGAACAAAGAAAAAGCCCUUCUCAGUAAGCAAGUGGUCAAGGCUCGGUAGCCAAACGACAUUUUUUAUUUAUUUCUGUAAAAAUGUAAAUAAUAUUUAAUUGUUAAGCAUACAUUUAAGACUUUUAGACAAUAAGUUUAGUGACAUCAUAUUACAAAUUGUAGUGACGUGUUAUGAUAAAUAAAAAACAAAUAAAUAUUUCAGUAAUUAAUUUA